CUCUUUCGCGGGGCCGAGCCGAGCCCUCCGCCCGCCGCACAGCGGAGCCCGGACCAGCGGGGGCGCCAGCCGGGGCUGCGCGCUGCCGUCCCCGCUCCGCGCUGCCAUGCCGGCCCCCGCCGCCCGCCUGCUGCUCGCCGCGCUGCUCUGCGGAUCGGCGGCGGCCGCUCGAGUUAACAAACAUAAGCCAUGGAUUGAAACAACYUAUCAUGGCAUCGUUACAGAAAAUGACAACACGGUGCUCUUGGACCCCCCGUURAUAGCCCUGGACAAAGAUGCACCUCUGCGUUUUGCAGAGAGUUUUGAGGUGACAGUCACCAAAGAAGGUGAGAUUUGUGGAUUUAAAAUUCACGGGCAGAAUGUUCCCUUUGAAGCAGUGGUGGUGGAUAAAUCCACUGGUGAGGGAAUAAUACGCUCUAAGGAAAAGCUGGACUGUGAGCUGCAGAAAGACUACACGUUCACCAUCCAGGCCUAYGACUGUGGGAAGGGACCAGAUGGAGCAAAUGCAAAAAAAUCCCACAAGGCCACAGUUCACAUCCAGGUGAACGAUGUCAACGAGUACGCCCCGGUGUUCAAGGAGAAGUCCUACAAGGCCACGGUGAUCGAGGGCAAGCGCUACGACAACAUCCUCAAGGUGGAAGCUGUGGAUGCAGACUGCUCCCCCCAGUUCAGCCAGAUCUGCAGCUACGAGAUCGUCACUCCUGAUGUUCCCUUUGCCAUUGACAAGGACGGUUAUAUAAAAAACACAGAAAAGUUAAGCUAUGGGAAAGAACAUCAGUAUAAACUGACAGUAACAGCCUAUGACUGUGGGAAGAAGAGAGCUGCUGAGGAUGUGUUGGUUAAAAUUAGCAUUAAGCCUACGUGCAAGCCUGGCUGGCAAGGUUGGAGCAAAAGAAUAGAAUAUGAGCCUGGCACUGGUUCCUUGGCUCUGUUCCCUGGGAUGCAUUUGGAGACGUGUGAUGAGCCAAUAACCUCAGUUGAAGCAACAGUGGAACUGGAAACCAACCACAUUGGUAAAGGCUGUGACAGAGACACCUACUCYGAGAAAUCCAUCCACAGGCUCUGUGGUGCUGCCUCUGGCACAGCCGAGCUGCUGCCCCCUCCCAGCAGUGCUGCAAACUGGACCCUGGGGCUCCCCACGGACAACGGGCACGACAGCGACCAGGUCUUCGAGUUCAACGGCACCCAGGCUGUCAGAGUCCCCGAUGGGGUUGUCACCGUCAACCUGAAAGAGCCCUUCAUGAUUUCAGUGUGGAUGAGGCACGGGCCUGGAACCAAGGAGAAGGAGACAAUUCUSUGCAAUUCAGACAAGACAGAUAUGAACCGGCACCACUACACCCUCUACGUGCACAACUGCCGCCUGGUGUUCCUCUUCCGCCAGGAUCCUUCCGAGGGAAAAACCUACAAACCUGCAGAAUUCCACUGGAAACUCAACCAGGUGUGUGACAAAGAGUGGCACCACUACGUUGUCAAUGUGGAGUUUCCUGCAGUGACUCUCUAUGUGGAUGGGGUUUCCUAUGAUCCUUUCCCUGUCACUGAGGAUUAUCCCCUGCACCCCUCCAAGAUAGAAACCCAGCUGGUGGUUGGAGCAUGUUGGCAAGAAUAUACAGGAAAUGARAAUGACACUGAAACUGUGCCCGAGACCUCUGCAGGUGGUGAACUACGCAUGGCUCAGUUUUUCCGAGGGAACCUGGCAGGGCUGAUGAUCCGUUCUGGGAAACUGGAGAACAAGAAGGUGAUAGAUUGCCUGUACACCUGCAAGGAGGGGCUGGAUUUGCAGAUGGCUGACGGUGUUGGCAAAGGUGUGAAGAUCCACAUGAACCCAAGUCAGUCUACAGUGACCAUGGAGGGGGAUGACAUUGAGAGGGUGGACAAGGCCAUGCAGCACAUUUCCUACCUGAACUCACGGCAGUUCCCAACCCCGGGCAUUCGGCGCCUGAAAAUCAGCACCACUGUCAGGUGUUUCAAUGAAGAGUCGUGUGUGUCCAUUCCCUCUGUGGAGGGAUAUGUCAUGGUCCUGCAGCCAGAGGAGCCAAAAAUCAGCCUGAGUGGCAUCAACCACUUUGCCCGCUCUGCCUCCGAGUUCGAGAGCCCCGAGGGCGUUUCUUUGUUCCCUGAGCUGCGCAUCAUCAGCACCAUCACCCGGGAGGUGGAGCCUGAGGGRGAUGGGGAUGAGGAUCCCACAGUUCAAGAGUCUUUGGUAUCUGAAGAGAUCAURCACAACCUGGAUACGUGUGAGGUGACAGUGCUGGGAGAGGAACUAAAUCAGGAACAGGAGAGCCUGGAGAUUGACAUGACACGAUUGCAGCAGAAAGGCAUUGAGAUGAGCAGUUCCAACCUGGGCAUGAUCAUCACAGGGGUUGACACCAUGGCAAACUACGAGGAGGUUUUGCACCUGAUCCRCUACAGGAACUGGCACACGCUGUCCCUGUUUGACAGAAAAUUCAAACUGGUCUGCUCCGAGCUCAACGGGCGCUACGUCAGCAACGAGUUCAAAGUGGAGGUGAAUGUUAUCCACACAGCCAGCCCAGUGGAACAUGCCAAUCACAUUGCUGCACAGCCACAGUUCAUUCACCCAGUGCAUCAUUCCUUUGUUGAUCUCUCUGGUCACAAUUUGGCAAAUCCUCAUCCUUUUUCAGUUGUUCCCAGCACAGCCACGGUGGUGAUUGUGGUUUGUGUCAGCUUCCUGGUGUUCAUGAUCAUCCUGGGCGUGUUCCGGAUCCGCGCCGCGCACCAGAGAACCAUGCGGGACCAGGACACGGGCAAGGAGAACGAGAUGGACUGGGAUGACUCUGCUUUGACCAUCACUGUGAACCCCAUGGAGACUUACGAGGAUCAACACAGCAGUGAAGAGGAGGAGGAGGAGGAGGAAGAAGAAAGUGAAGAUGGAGAAGAAGAUGACAUCACUAGUGCAGAGUCUGAAAGCAGUGAGGAGGAGGAGGGAGAGCAGGAGGAGGACCAACAGAAUGUUACCAGACAGCAGCAGCUGGAAUGGGAUGACUCUACCCUCAGUUAUUGAUUCUAGCUGCUCCCUUUGUCUUUAUGUUCUCACUCUACAAGACUCCACUGUAACACACUCCAUUGGUACAAAGGAUUCAUGGUGUUUUAAACAAAAAAUUCAUUCUGGCCAGUAGAUUGAAUCCCCACACAACGUGUUUGUGUUCUGUCAGUUAGUUCCUGAUGUUUAGGCUGUAGUUAGCACCUCUUCCUUCAGCCAUGCCUCAGUGACUGGAUUUUUUUUACGCUCUCUGAGGAACCACCUUGCACUUUUUCUUCAUGUCAUCUCAGCUAAGUGACUCUACAGCUCUGUAGCCAUUGCACAUGAGUUUCUGAACUGUCUUUUUUUGCUCAGUGAAACAAACUUAGCUUUGUUCCUUUUUCUCUUUCUAAAAGAUGCAAAGAUUGCUUGUUGACAAAGGGUAAAGCUGCUCAUUUCA